UUUUGAGAGGUAUCGUUUCGCGGAUUUGUUAAAUUUUCCUCUCUUUUAUUUGUAUUUGAAUUGAAUUUUGUUGUACCUAUCCUGGAGUUUUAAUAAAUGGCUAACGAUUGAAAAUAAUAUAAUUUUUCGAAUAUUAUUUAAACACAGGUGUCGAAUAUAACAAAUUUGAAAUUGGAAAAAUAUUUAUUUUUUAAAAAUAAUAGUGCAAUUUUGUGAAAACAAAAAAAAAAAAAGAAAAUUCGAAUGAUUUUCUUUUAAUAUUUUUGUAUACGAGUGAUUAUUGAAGAAAAAGGAAGAUAAUAAAAAUAAAGUGAAAAAAUAAGUGAGAAAUAUUAUAAAAUUUUACAAAAAUUGUUUCAGAAAAUAUUAUGAAAUAAUUAAAGAAAAAAAGAUAACUUGUGUGUAAUUGUGUACUCCAUGGUUCAUUAGUGCAACAUAAAAGAGCUCUUUAUUCCACCAAACCCCCUUAACUACGAGUGAAUUUUUUGAAUACUACAAAAAAAUAAAAAUAAUAUUAUAGUCUCCCUUUUGUGACGGUAUAGUUGCGCAAAAUGGCGCGGUUUCGUGGUAACGUCGUGGCCGCGAAAAAGUUUAACGAACAGAAUAAGUGUUAACGUCGUCGAAAACACUUAACACCGAUUAAUGUUCCGAAAAAUCGGUACAUUUUUGGAGAAAAAAUACAAAACAACAAAUAAUUAACAAGUGCUCAUCGCCUGCUGAUGGAUCAAUGUUUAAAUCAAAAGUACAAAAACCAAAAGAAACAAAAUUUUAUUAAAAAUUUCGCUCACAAGCAAUUAUGACGUUCUGCAGCCGAUUGGUGAACGAAUCGGUGCCCAGAAUGUGUGUCAUAUCUACAAAAGUAGUCCAAACUAAAUCAUCAUCAUCAAUUUUGUCUUCAUCUUCAUCAUUAUCACCAUCGAGGAGUAUAAAUUCGAAAACAACAAUAACAACGAGAUACUUAACUAGCAAAUGGCUGCUUGCGAUAGCAAUCGGGUUCUUGAGUCUAUCGUGCGUCGCCGUUGUCAAUGGAGUGCAUGUACCCGGCCCGGGUCCGGGAAGCCUCUCAUCAUCGGCUCAAUAUACAGCAUUUCCGCGACGAAGGUCAUCGGCCGACGGAAGCGGUCAGAUGCAGUCGCGAGCAGUUGAUAAAACUGUUUAUCUGAAUGUGGACGAGGGCAAGCCACGUGGCACAGUGGUAGGUUCGAUAACAGUCGAACCGGGGUUCACCUAUCGGUUCAAUGAACCACCCCGGGAGUUUACCCUCGACCAGAACACGGGGGAAAUUAAGACUAAUAUGGUCCUAGACCGCGAAGGAAUGCGGGACCGCUACGAUCUGGUGGUGCUAUCCAGUCAGCCAACUUAUCCCAUCGAAGUUCGCAUCACAGUGAACGACGUGAAUGACAAUCCGCCAGAGUUCCCCGAACCCAGUAUAGCGGUGUCCUUUCCAGAGAGUGCCGCAUCAGGAACUCGCCUGCUGCUCGACGCGGCAACGGACCGCGAUACCGGAGUGAAUAGUGUCACCAAUGACUAUCGCAUCGUGGAUGGCGAUCAUGACAACAAGUUCAGUCUGGCGGUGACGACAAAUCCUAGCCGCGAUGUGUCAUACCUGCAUCUGGUUACAACUAAAACUCUGGACCGCGAAUCUUGUGGAUUCUACUCGUUGAAUAUCUCAGCACGUGAUGGUGGAUAUCCACCGCUAUUUGGGUAUCUGCAGGUGAAUGUAACCAUUGUGGAUGUGAACGACAAUCCGCCGAUUUUCGACCACAGUGACUAUAAUGCGUCAUUGAUUGAAUCCGUGCUGCCAGGCACACCGGUUCUGCAAGUGAUGGCAUCCGAUAAUGAUUUGGGUGAUAACAGUAAGAUCACAUACUACCUGUCCGACACUGAGGAUCGCUUCACAGUGGACCCAGAGACAGGUGUCAUCUCGACGACCCAGCGACUCUCGUGUAAGGACCCAAAUUGCCAGACCGACUCGUGUUCAAAAAGUUGCGUGUUCACUGUAUAUGCCCGCGAUCAUGGUUCUCCUCGUCAAGAUGGACGCACUUAUGUCACCAUAAGCUUAGUCGAUACGAAUGAUCACGAUCCAGUGAUAAGAUUCCAGUACUUUCCUCCAACGGGCAGCUUUGCAACUGUUGAUGAAAACGCGCCCAAUGGCAGUGUGGUAGCUGCAGUAUCUGUGGUCGACAUGGACGAGGGGCUGAAUGGAGAUACGAGUAUAAGGAUUGUAUCUGGCAAUGAGAUGCAACACUUCCGCCUUGAAAAGACUCCCAGUUUUGAUAUUGUGCGUGUGAAUGGUGCACUUGAUCGUGAGGAGAUUGGCAAAUAUAAUCUGACAGUGGUGGCAAUCGACAAAGGAACUCCUCAGCGGACCGCUACCGCAUACCUCAUCAUUCAUGUGAACGACGUCAACGAUCAUGAGCCGGUGUUUGAAAAAUCAGAAUAUACAGCGGUGCUGAGUGAACUGGCUCCACCGGGCACGUAUGUUGCCAGCAUCACAGCCACGGAUGAGGACACCGGGGUCAAUGCACAAAUUUCGUACACUUUCGUCUCCGGCAACGACAAACAAUGGUUUAGCAUUGAUGCAGCCUCUGGAUUGAUAACAACACGCGCCGCACUAGAUCGUGAAAUCCAGGGCACCGUGGAGUUAAACAUAUCUGCGCGGGACGGUGGUCCCAAUCCCAAAUGGGCACACACUGAACUUAAGGUAACCAUACUCGAUGAGAACGACGAAGCGCCACAAUUUUCCCAACCGCACAUCAAUGUUAGUUUGAGCGAAAAUACCCCAGCACAGGCAUUGGUUGCAAUGCUAACAGCGGCCGAUCACGAUCAGGGAACGAAUGGCAGUGUCACCUAUACGUUACCCGCGAUCGUUCAACAAAAAUAUCCCGACCAAUUCGCCCUUGACUCGUUGACUGGUCAAUUAACCACAAAGCAUCAGCUCGAUCGUGAGACGAUCGCGCAUUAUGAGAUUUUUGUGGUGGCUCGCGAUCAGGGUGCACCACCGCAAUCGUCAACUGCUACCGUGUAUUUAACCGUCGAGGAUAUCAACGAUAAUAGCCCAGAAUUUUAUCCCAAACAAUAUUUCCAAACGAUCGCCGAUGAUACACCGAUCGGAACAUCCAUACUUAAGGUAACUGCCACCGAUCGUGACUUCGGUGAUAAUGCUUUAAUUACCUACAAGCUGGAGAGCGGCAACGUUGAUAAUCUAUUUACUAUUGAUGCCCAUUCGGGGGUGAUCAGCUUGUCCAAGAACAGUGGCAAUGGUGGCAACAAAGCACUAUACGAACUGAUCAUAUCGUCAAAGGAUCAUGGCGAUCGUCAGUCGGAACGCAACGCCGUCGUCGAGAUUCUGAAACAAUCAAAAAUGGAAAGUUUAGAAUUUGAUUCUUAUGCUGGAUAUGAAUUCCAGAUCGUCGAGGAUCAUGGAACCAAUCCAAAUCCCGACAUCGGCCGUGAGGUGGGCAAGGUUCAGGUGAAGGCGGAAACUAAGCACCAACAACAAGCGAUCGAGUAUGCCAUUGUGUUUGGGGAUCCUGAUGAAAACUUCGAAAUAAAUCCUCGCACCGGGGUCAUAACAACAGCAAAGCGGAUCGAUCGUGAAUCGAUGAUUCAAUACAGCCUAACGAUAGUUGCCCGCGCCGGAUUGGCAUACGGUCGUACAACAGUGAACAUAUCGAUUCUAGAUCUAAACGAUAAUGCACCAAUUUUUGCCCACGAUCGUGAUGAGAUCCUGCUCGCUGAGAACUCUGCCGUUGGUCAAGAGGUGUACUUGUCACGGGCUCGUGAUAGAGACUCGGGAAUUAAUAGUCAUGUAUCCUACAGUCUUACAUACAAUCCCGAUGAGCAAUUUCGCAUUAGCACAGCAACUGGUGUGCUGUACCUAAAUCGACCGAUCCGUGCCGAGCCGGGGACAGUUUUGCACGUUGAGCUGACAGCAACCGAUGGUGGCACUCCGAUGGCGCUCUCCUCCAAGAAUACCAUCACCAUCCAGAUAGCCGAUGUUAACGAUCAUACACCUGUCUUCGAUCAUACCUCCUACGAGACGUCUCUGUUGGAGUCGACACCGGUGAACGCUCGCUUCUUUGCAUUGGCCGCCUCCGAUGCUGAUCUGGGAGCCAACGGCAGGAUAUCCUAUGAGAUAAUUGAGGGCAAUGUUGAAGGAAAAUUUGGUAUUUUCCCCGAUGGCUAUUUGUUCGUGAAGUCUCAACUGGAUAGGGAAGAAAAGGACUAUUAUUCUCUGACAAUCGCCUGCAAGGAUGCUGGCGAGCCGUCGCGUUCGUCUGUAGUGCCGGUGAUCAUUCAUGUCAUCGACGAGAAUGACAAUGCCCCGCAGUUUACCAAUCAAACGUUUACCUUCAGCAUACCCGAGAACGAGCCGGUUGACUCAUUUGUUGGCAAGUUGACCGCAUACGAUCGUGACAUUGGCCGCAAUGCAGAGUUGAUAUUCUCUUUGUCGUCGCAGGAGGCUGACUUUACAAUUGAUUCGCGCAACGGUUUCAUUAAGACACUGCAUCCGUUCGAUCGUGAGGAGCUGGUGCAGAAUCAAAAUCAGAAUUUCCUUCAAUUGGAGGCGAUCGUCAGUGAUAAUGGGCUGCAGAGAUUGCGCGAUAAAGUCAAAGUGAGGAUCUUCAUUACGGACGUUAAUGAUAAUGCCCCGCAAUUUUUGCGGGCGCCAUACAAAGUGCAGAUAUCUGAGGGAUCUGGUGUUGGGACACAGGUCAUUCGCGUAUACACGAUCGAUGCAGAUGAGGGUCUCAAUGGCGAUGUGUAUUAUUCGAUAAUCGAUGGCAAUCAGGAUGGACGGUUUGCCAUUGAUGACGCAACGGGUCAGGUUUCGCUUGCAAAACAAUUGGACCGCGAAACAAAGGCCACUUACAAAUUGACAGUGGUUGCGAGGGAUGCAGCUUUGAAGGGGCAGCUGUCAGCAAGUACGACGAUUAGUGUGGAAGUGUUGGAUGAGAACGAUGAUGCGCCAGAGUUCACGCAGACCGACACACAAAUUUCAGUGAAGGAAACUAGUCCCAUUGGCACAGAGUUGAUGAAGUUCAGAGCAAGCGAUUCGGAUCUGGGGAUGAAUAGCCAGGUGACGUUUUCGAUAUCGGCGGGCAAUCGAAAGGAUACAUUCCACAUUGAUCCAAUAAGUGGGUCUUUGUAUUUGCACAAAUUUUUGGAUUAUGAAGAUACAACGAUGUAUAUUUUGAAUAUCACUGCGUCAGAUGGGGGCACACCGCGUCUGUCUACCACCAUCAUGUUCACGGUAAAUGUUGUGGAUGAAAAUGACAACCCACCAAACUUCCCCAAUACAGCCAUCGUGCGGCAGAUAAAAGAGGGAAUCGCCAUCAAGACUCCUAUUGUUACUGUGACAGCUGAAGAUCCGGAUUCGGGAGCGAAUGGAAAAGUGACGUAUGCGAUUUCCAAACAAGAACCUGAAGUUUCUGGUGGCAGACAUUUUGGAAUCAACGGAACUACCGGUGUUAUUCACACUUUGCGACAAAUAGAUCGAGAGACAAUUGACACCUUCCGAUUGACAGUUGUGGCCACCGAUCAAGCUGAUCCACCAGCGAAGAGGCUUUCGGCCGAGAAAAUCGUGACCGUGAUAGUCGAGGACAUCAAUGACAAUGCACCUGUUUUUGUGUCCAUGAAUGCAGCCAUCCUCCCCUUGCACAGCAAAAACCACGUGAUUCCGGGUCGAGAUGGAUCGGUGAUUAUGUACGUCAAUGCCCGUGACGCAGAUUCCAGUACUAACGGCUUAGUAACCUACGAAAUGGUCAGCGGCAACACUGAUUUAUUUAAACUGCACCGUAACACCGGAGCAAUUUCCCUUCAACGCCCAAUCGCCAAUCCUGAAGUCCGAUAUCCGUUUACGUUGAAAGCCACCGACGAAGCGGUCCAAUCCGAACGCAAAAGUUCCGAUGCGUACAUUACGAUAAUUGCAACUUCGGCAAUCAAUAACGGUCCGGUAUUCGAUCAACACGAACUAAGCGGCAAUGUUAACGAAAACGAACCAACGGGAACGUAUAUUUUGACGGUUAAUGCAAGUCUCAAUUCGGCCGAGAUUGAGUUUUACGUGACAAACGUGACAAGUGUUGGUAUAAAUGGCGGCCCGAAUAAACAAGUUGAUCGUCUAUUCGACAUCGAUACAAAGUUGGGAAUUCUAUCGACUGCCAAGGAAUUAGAUCGUGAGUCUGGAGUUGAUAUGUACGAGAUUGAAGUCUAUGCAAUUGCAUUGGGCGGUGCACUCAGGACCACAAGUACUAAGGUGAAAGUAAGUGUAAAUGACAAAAACGACAGUCCACCAGUAUUUCGUGAUGUUCCGCUGCAAUUCAGUGUUAGCGAAGAUCUUGGAGCUGGUCAUACGGUUGCAACAAUUCGUGCUACUGAUCCAGACACACUUGGAACUCUGACCUAUACCAUGAUCAAUGGGGACGAUGGUAAAUUCUUACUUGAACCGGACACUGGUAAAUUACGCCUAAAGGACGCUCUGGAUCGUGAAACCAAAGAUGUUUAUCACCUGAUUAUACGUGUCACCGAUGGUGUACAGCAUACAGAAACCACUGUUAUCGUACAGGUUACGGACACAAACGACAAUCCGCCGGUAUUCUCGGAAGCAGUGUACUCAUUUGACAUACCGGAGAACGCACCACGAGGCUAUCAGGUCGGUGUUAUCUCGGCGACGGAUCCAGAUUUGGGUAAUAAUGCAAUGGUCUCGUAUACGGUAAUCUCCGAUUGGGCUAAUGAUGUGUUCAGUCUGAAUCCGCAAACUGGUGUCUUUACGCUGACAGCUCGUCUUGAUUAUGAGGAGGUGCAACAUUAUAUUCUGGUUGUGCAAGCUCAAGAUAAUGGUCAUCCAAGUUUAUCGACCACAUUAACGGUCUACUGUAAUGUUCUUGAUUUAAACGAUAAUGCACCAGUAUUUGAUCCUAUGAGCUAUUCAAAUGAGAUUUUUGAGAAUGUUUCGAUUGGGACACCAGUUGUAACAGUUAGCGCUACAGAUAUUGAUUCAGGAGAUAACGGUCGAAUUGAGUACAGCAUAACAGCGGGUGACGAUAAUGAUGAUUUUGAAAUUGCACAAAACGGUACAAUUCGUACGAAACGUGAACUCGAUCGUGAAGCAAAGAACUCGUACAAUUUAGUUGUGACCGCAAGAGAUUGUGCCAAGGAGCCCGAACAACGGAAGUUAUCUUCAACAGUACAGGUUACUGUUGUCCUGAAAGAUGUCAACGACGAAUCGCCCAUAUUCACCUCAGCCAACGAAACAUCUAUCAUGGAAAACAUCGCCGUCAAUACCGUUGUGAUGGCUGUGAAAGCCAUCGACCGCGAUGAGGGUCGCAACGGCUACAUCGAGUAUAUCCUAGCUUCUGAGCAAUCGGUGCCAUUCACACUGGGCCCCGUCGACGGAUUGUUGCGAGUCGCCGGCCGUUUGGAUCGCGAAAUACGUUCCAGUUAUUUGCUGAGUGUUACAGCCCGCGACCGUGGCGAACCACCACGUUCCACACAAACCCAAAUAUCCGCAAAGAUUCUCGACGAGAAUGACAAUAGCCCGGUAUUCGACCCCAAGCAGUAUAGUGCAUCGGUGGCAGAGAAUGCCAGUAUUGGAGCUAUGGUGUUGCAAGUGUCUGCGACGGAUAUUGACGAGGGCUCCAAUGGCAGGGUGCGGUUUUCCAUAGCAGCUGGUGACAAUAAUCGUGAUUUCAGUAUCAGCGAGGAUUCGGGUGUCGUGAGAGUUGCCAAGAAUCUGAAUUACGAGAGGAAAUCCCGAUAUGUGCUGACCGUACGUGCGGAAGAUUGUGCUGCUGAUGUUGCUGGAGCUGCAGUCGAGACCAGAUACGAUACUGCCGAAUUGACUAUAGUCAUCACCGAUAUCAACGAUAACCCGCCGACAUUCUUGGAUUCACCUUACUUAGCUUAUGUGAUGGAAAAUGUUAUUCCACCAAAUGGAGGCUAUGUUAUAACAGUUAAGGCCUACGACGCCGAUACACCGCCGUUUAACUCGCAAGUUCGUUACUUCCUCAAGGAAGGCGAUGCCGAUUUGUUCCGCAUUAAUGCAUCAACUGGCGAGAUAUCCUUGCUGCGUGCCCUCGACCGUGAGAUGCAAGCCGAAUACACACUCACCCUGGUUGCCAUGGAUACUGGAUCUCCACCAUUGACCGGGACUGGCAUUGUUCGAGUUAUCGUUCAGGAUAUGAAUGAUCAUCGUCCGGAAUUUGCUCGCCAAUCAUACCAUGCAACGGUACAAGAGAAUCUUCCAAUUGGCACAAAAGUCCUUCAUCCAGUUGCAACAGACAAGGACACUGGAUUGAAUGCUAAGAUCCGUUUUAGUUUACUUGGUGAAAAAAUGGAGAAAUUCCACGUGAAUCCUGACACCGGAGAGAUCACUACUGCUGCAAUCCUUGAUCGAGAAGAUGUUUCGGUGUACUACCUCACUCUGAUGGCUCAAGACAGUUCUGCAACGGAACCACGUGCUUCCACUGUCAAUCUCACUGUCACUAUUCUUGAUGUCAAUGAUAAUGCUCCGUCUUUUGAAAGCUCUUAUUUUGAUGUCUAUGUUCCGGAUAAUAUCCGCAGUGGUGAAUUUAUAUUUGGAGCUAAGGCUGUUGACUUGGACGAUGGAGCAAAUGCUGAGAUCAUAUACUCAAUAAGUGGAAACGAUUCGGAUAAGUUCGAUAUCAACAAGAAGUCUGGAGUAAUCAAAACCAAAGUUGAGCUCGGUGGAGGUGGAAGUAAUCGGGCUUAUUCAAUCGUAAUGCAUGCCACGGAUAGAGGGACAGAUCCUCGAACUGCCAAAGCAACUCUCAAGAUUCAAUUAAGUCAAGCUCAGAAGUUCCCAACUUUCUCGUAUAUGUCCAAGACUCAAUUCACUCUGUCCGAAGACGUCACCGAAGGCAAGUUGAUAACUAAAAUUCAAGCUUCAUCUCCCAAACGAGAUGCAUCAGGGAAUAUAAGGUAUUCAAUUGCCGGUGGAAACAUCGAUGACGCAGUUCGAAUCAGUCCUGAAACUGGAGAAACAACUAUUGGCCGGGAUGGAUUGGACUAUGAAACGGCACAUCAAUAUGAAAUUUGGAUCGAAGCUGCUGAUUCGGACUCACCUAGUCUGCGGAGUGUCAUGUUGCUGACAAUCGACGUUACCGAUGCUAACGACAAUGCUCCAGUAAUGGAGAAACUGAUCUACAACACCCAAGUUCUCGAGGAAGAGCCGUCGGACGUGUUCAUUGCAAAAGUCAAGGCUAUCGACCGAGAUUCAGCUGAGAAUGGAGAAGUCACUUAUCGACUGGUUGAUGAUUAUCGGCAAACCUUCGAGAUUGACGCACACAAUGGUGAAAUAUACGCCAUCACCCGUUUGGAUCGGGAGCGGAUAGCUUCGUACGAACUGAUUGUAGAAGCUCUCGACCAGGGAAUUCCCCAAUUGACUGGCAGUGCCAGUGUGAUUAUCACAGUAUUGGACAAGAACGACAAUCCUCCAAGGUUUACAAGGCUAUUCAGUGUAAAUGUGACCGAGAAUGCUGAAAUUGGAAGCUUUGUCAUCAAAGUUACUUCAUCGGAUCUAGAUACCGGAGUGAAUGCCAAUGCAACCUAUAGUUUCAGUGAGAAUCCCGGUGAAAAGUUCAUCAUUGAUCCCAUAACUGGAAAUGUUUCCGUUGCCGCUCACCUGGAUCGUGAGCAGCAGGAUGAAUAUUUGCUGAAGGUGGCAGCUUCCGAUGGUGCCUGGCGCUCAGAAACCCCCUUAACGAUCACCAUUCAAGAUCAGAAUGACAACGCUCCAGAAUUCGAACACAGCUAUUACAGUUUUAACUUCCCAGAGCUACAGAGACCAGUGGCAUUUGUGGGACAAGUGAUCGCUACCGAUCGUGACAAGCAAGGACCCAAUUCAGUGAUUUCGUACUCACUCCAACACCCAUCGGACCUAUUCACAAUCGAUCCAGCAACUGGAGAAGUCUACAGCAAGCGCACAAUAGGAUACAAACACUCCCAAAUCGAGUCUUCUCCAGAAAAUAUGUACUCCAUGACUGUCCUCGCCACGGAUAACGGCAAGCCUCCCAUGUACUCGGAGUGUCUGGUGAACGUCAAUGUCGUCGAUGCUAAUAACAAUCCUCCUCGCUUCGAAUCCCGGAGUUAUUUGUCACCGGUUCCUGAAGAUGCCAAGGCUGGUCAGAAGAUCGUUCAAGUUGUUGCCAAAGAUAAGCUUGAUUAUGGUGUUAACGCUGAGAUCGACUAUUCGAUUGUCGGUGGUAAUGGAAGCUCGUACUUCACUAUCAACAAGCAGGAUGGUUGGAUUUCGGUUUCGAAGCCAAUAGCUGUCUCAACAAAUACAGCGUUUGCCUUGAGGAUUAAGGCAGUUGAUCGAGGUGUCCCACCACAAAGUGAUGAAGUCCUAGCUACUAUCAUCGUAACUGGGGAGAAUAACUUUGCACCAGAGUUUACUGCGCUGAGUUAUCAAGUCAUUGUUGCCGAAAACCAACCAAUAGGAGCGAAGAUCGUCACGGUAGAAGCAUCAGAUCGAGAUGAUGGUCCAAACGGCAUGAUCCGCUACUCGAUAUCUGGAGGCAAUGAAAGGAAAGAGUUCACUGUUGAUGCCGUCACUGGUGCGGUAACGAUUCUUCAACCACUCGACUAUGACCAAAUCAAGGUAUAUCGUUUGAACAUCACCGCUGAAGACUUGGGUUUCAAGCCCAGGGAAGCUGUGGCCAUGUUGACUGUGAUCCUCACUGACAUCAAUGACAAUGCUCCAGAAUUCAAUCAGUCGAAGUAUCAUUCAUAUCUGGCAGAAAAUCAACCCCCGAAUACGUUCGUCUUCCAGGCACAUGCAACCGACAAGGAUUCCCCCAUCAAUGCUGUUAUCCGGUACUCGAUCACCGGUGGAACUGGCCGUAAUCUCUUCAAGAUCGAUCCAAACGAUGGCAUGAUUAACUCAACAGCCAGCUUUGACUAUGAAGAGAAGAAGGAGUACUUGUUGCAAGUUCUCGCCCAGAAUCCCGAUUCAGUGAUGCAAAGCUACGCCGAGGUUAUUGUCCACAUCACUGGGGUCAACGAGUAUUACCCACAGUUCAUACAGCCGGUCUUUCACUUCGAUGUCUCAGAAUCGGCUGAAGUUGGAACGGUUAUUGGAUCUAUUCAAGCCACGGACAAGGAUGCCGGUGAAGACGGAAAGGUCUACUACCUUCUAGUCGGUUCGAGCAACGACAAAGGUUUCGGAAUAAAUGCAGAAACUGGAGUUAUGUUUGUCUCAAGAAACCUUGAUCGUGAGACCCAAAGCCGAGUUGUUUUGACAGUUCUAGCGAAGAACUUCGGUGGAAUUCGUGGCAAUGAUACCGAUGAAGCUCAAGUUAUCAUUUCUAUUCAAGACGGUAACGAUCCUCCAGAGUUCCUAAAUCACAUCUACGAGGCAAAGAUAUCUGAGGGAGCAUCGAUUGGAACAAAGGUGACCACAGUCAAGGCCGUGGAUAAGGAUGUUCGUCCACAAAAUAACCAAUUUAGCUACUCGAUCAUUAAUGGAAAUAUUAAUCAAGCAUUCAAGGUCGAUCCACAGAGCGGGCAGAUCGAAACAGCAAAGAUGCUCGACCGGGAGACUAUCCCAACUUAUAAUUUGAUUCUAGGAGCUAUUGAUACGGGUCUUCCACCGCAAACAGGCACAGCCACCGUGAAGAUAGACCUCCUCGAUGUCAAUGACAAUGGCCCCAUCUUCGAUGCUAACGGAGUAAUUGGAUAUGUUUCGGAAAAUGAACCAGCUGGAACAACGAUCAUGACACUUUCUGCCAACGAUCCUGAUCUUCCGCCAAAUGGAGGACCGUUUACCUAUUACCUUGUUGGUGGUAGACACAAGGCUAUGGUCAGUAUUGACAAGCACUCAGGCCUCAUGAAGACAACUCGCAGCAUUGACCGAGAAGUAACUCCAAGUUUGGAGAUCAUCGUCGAGGUCGAGGACAACGGAAAGCCAAAGAUGAAGUCCCAACACACGAUUACCGUGAAUAUCCUCGAUCAGAAUGACAGUCCCUCAACUCCACGAAUGGUCCAUGUUCUGCUGAACGUUUUCAACAACGAAAUUCCGAUCGGAAAAAUUGCUGAUGUUCAUCCAAAUGACCCCGAUACCACAGGUGAUUACAAAUGCCGCAUUAAGCCAGAUUCUCAGGGCAGUCUUUUGGGCAUCCUUACAAUCCCUGCCAAAUGCGAUCUACACACAACAACAAAGACCGCAACUCAUGGGUAUUCGUAUUUUGUAUCGGGAAACGAUGGAAAACACAAUGAUGUCACCUCCACGGUUACAGUGGAGUUCCGGGGCUUUGAUAAUACCACCGUAGCCAAUUCGAUCACUAUCAAUGUUGACAAUAUGACGGCAGAAACUUUUCUCUCGACUUACUAUCGCAGCUUUUUAGAUGUCCUUAAGUCCAGCUUAGAUCAGGGAGAUGAAUACAAUCUUUACAGCAUAAGGAACACCAUGAACCAGACUGGUUUCCAGGUGGCACUAGCGCUACAGACUUCAAGUCAAAGCUACCGAUCACCGAGGUACAUCACAGAGCGUCUGAACAAGAAGUUAGAGACCAUAGAAAGGCUUCUGCAAUCACCGGGACGAGUAAAGAUCGGCUUUACACCAUGUUUGGGCGUUAAUACAUGCGACAAUGGUGGCGUCUGUAGUGAAGACUUCAGGGUUCAUGAUACAAGGUCCUUAAACAUUGUGGACAGUCAGUCGCUGAUAUUCACCGCACCUCUCGUGACUCAUGAUUUCAUCUGCAAAUGCCCAGAUGGAUACACUGGACGACAAUGUGAGAAACGUCAAGAUCCUUGCUCUCCCAAUCCUUGUCAAGCCAACGGCCAGUGCAGGAGACAGGGGUAUGACUUCCAGUGUACAUGCUCACCACACCGAGAAGGAAAAUUCUGUCAGCUAGAGAGAGGAGAUGUCUGUGCAGAAAGCCCUUGUAGAAAUGGAGGGUCUUGCCGGGAAAGCCCUGAUGGAUCAUCAUUCUUCUGCCUCUGCAGACCUGGUUACCGAGGAAAUCAAUGUGAGCACAUAGCAGACUCAUGCAGACCAAAUCCCUGCCUUCAUGGAGGAUUGUGCGUUGCUCUCAAGCCAGGCUAUAAAUGCAGUUGUGUGGGUGGACGGUACGGUAGGCACUGCGAGAAGACUACCUUCGGGUUUGAAGAACUCUCUUUCAUGGCUUUCCCCUCACUGGAUGCUGCUACAAAUGACAUUUCCAUCAUCUUUGCCACAACCAAGCCCGAUGGUCUACUCCUAUACAACUAUGGUAUUCAAAGUGGAGGACGAUCAGACUUUGUGGCGAUCGAAGUCGUCAAGGGAAAGGCCUUAUUUUCAUUUGGCGGAGCACGUACGGCCAUCACGACGGUUGUGGUAGGAAGUGGAACUAACAAUACGCUUGCAAAUGGAAAAUGGCAUAAGGUGACUGCCACACGUAAUGGACGAGUUAUCUCACUGAGUGUAGCCAAAUGUACAGAGAACGGAGACGUCUGUGAAGAGUGUCGACCUGGAGAUUCCAAUUGCUAUGCUGAUGAUGUUGGACCUUCUGGUACCUUGAAUUUCAACAAACAGCCUUUAUUGGUUGGAGGCCUUUCGACAGCUGAUCCUGUUCUAGAACGACCUGGGCAGAUACACACCGAUGAUCUAGUUGGAUGUGUCCACAGUGUAUCUAUUAAUGGACGUCUUUUGAAUAUGAGCAGUCCUCUGAAGCAACGAGGAGUUCGUCCCACCUGUAAUCGCAACAACAAUGGUGGACCAUGUCAGCAGGGUCUUCCAUCCGAUCCAGCUCUGUCACUUUGUGGAACCUUCGGAAUCUGCAUGGAUCGAUGGCAUACGGCUAUGUGUCAAUGUGGGGGAAAUCUCCUUUCUCCUGAUUGCUAUAGCUCUCUCGAACCAAUUUCGAUCUCCGAUGGAGGUUUUGUGGAAUUUAAAAUUUCCGAGAAACAUAGAAGAAUGCAGCUAUUGGACAAUUUGUAUGGAGGAAAUAACGUUUGGACCUAUGACGUUGAGUCUCGAAGACGUCGCUUCACUGUGAACAAUGACAACAUCACAUCCAUGGCUCAGAUCGGUGAUCCACCAAAAACUCUAAGCUUAGUCUUUAGAACAGUUCAGAUGAACGGAAUCAUUCUUUUCGCUGCUACCAACAAACACUUCACCUCGGUUGAACUAAGAUCUGGCAAACUUGUGUAUACCUCAAGACAGAGAACCUCAGUUAAUAUGACAGUUCAAGAACCAGAAAGCUUAUCCGAUGGCAAGUGGCAUAACUUAACACUGCACGCCUCUAAUCGGGUGCUGCGAAUCCUCAUUGAUGGCCAGAAAGUUGCAGACGAAUUGGAUUCCGCUGGUGUGCAUGACUUCCUUGACCCGUAUUUAACAGUUCUAUCAGUGGGUGGAAUUAGACGGGAAUUCCUGCAGCAAGAGACUAUGCCUGCCAGCUUUGAAGGUUGUCUGGCCAACUUUACCAUCAACAACGAAGUCCAGCCCUUCAAUGGUUCAGGCAGUGUUUUCAAUGAAGUUCUCUCGAGAGGAAAAGUCUUCCAGGGAUGUGUAGGAGUUCUUGGAAUCGGAGCAGCUCAAGUUGCAGAUCCUCUGAGCAUUGGCAUCACUUUGGUUAUUGUCUUCUUUGUUAUUCUUCUGGUGGCCAUCUUGGUAUCUUUUGUGGUGUUUCGAUUCCGAAAACAACAGAAGGAGAAGAGUGGUGGUCCUGGUGGAGCACCAGGUCUUCAGAGCAAACAAAAUGGAGGAUCAACUAUGCUUGGUAGCUCCGGACUCGGUGGUAAUAAUGGUGACUGUGUAAUGGCCAGAGGUCUACACUCCAACGAUCCCAGCGUAGGGUAUCAUGGAGACAACGGAGAUCUGAUUCGAGGUGUUGGUGGGCAUCACAUGGUUGGGCCAGAGCUAAUAUCGAAGAAAUACAAAGAGCGUGAGAUUGGUCCCGGGGAGCAUCAGCGACCACAAAGACCUGAUAUCAUAGAACGUGAAGUUGUUAGCAAGAGUCCACCCCUCCGAGAUGAGCAUCAUCCUCCAAUACCACCACCAAGCCAAUCACACCAUCCUCACGACCAUCCUGGAUCAGUGGAUCUUGGUUCCGAGUUUCCGGAACACUAUGAUCUUGAAAAUGCCAGCUCCAUAGCUCCCUCUGACAUCGAUAUUGUGUACCAUUACAAGGGCUAUCGGGAAGCGGGUGGGGUAAGAAAAUACAAGGCAACUCCACCGCCUGUAGCAUCUUACACGCACCACAAGCACCAAGCAUCUCCAGCACAACAACAACACAGACAUUCUCCUCACCAUGGAGGCCCUUACGCACCCAGAGUUCCACCACAAGCUAGUCAGCCUCCACCGUCCAGCACACCACGUCCCCAUCAGAGCACUCCAUUGGCGAGGCUAUCACCCAGCUCCGAACUGAGCUCCCAACAGCCACGCAUCCUUACGUUACACGACAUCUCAGGGAAACCUCUUCAGAGUGCUCUGCUAGCAACAACUUCCAGCUCAGGUGGAGUUGGUAAGGAUGCUCUUCACAGCAACAGCGAGAGAAGUCUCAAUAGUCCUGUAAUGUCACAACUCUCUGGACAGAGUUCCAGUGCUAGCCGCCAAAAGCCGGUGGUGCAACCUCAGUCAACUCCACAGGCCCCUAUGGGCCUCACAGCCGAAGAAAUCGAACGUUUGAACGUGCGACCGAGAACAUCCAGUCUUGUGUCGACGCUGGAUGCAGUGUCCAGCAGCAGUGAGGCUCCUCGUGUGCCUGGUGGUGCCCAUCACCUCUCCCUCGGAGUGCAUCAUUCAGCCGAUGUCGAUGCCCACAGUUCCACAUCAACGGACGAGAGUGGCAACGACAGCUUCACAUGCUCUGAAAUCGAGUAUGACAACAACAGCAUCAGUGGAGAUAAAUACACAAAGAGUGGUGGUGAAGAUGAUCGCCGUGGCAACGAAAGUGUCACAAACUCCAACAAAGCACCACCCAUGCCGCCACCCUCCUACGAUGGAUUCGAUUCCUCGUUCCGAGGCUCCCUCAGUACUCUAGUCGCUUCCGAUGAUGACCUAUCCACGCACAUGGGUGGCAUCUACCGUCAGCCAAAUGGUGCUGCCUCCCCAUCCACAACUACCCUCGGAUGGGACUACCUCCUUAAUUGGGGUCCAAAUUUUGAAAGUCUGAUGGGUGUCUUCAAGGACAUUGCUGAGCUUCCCGACUCGGUGGGAGAACAUCAUCCGCCAUCACUCAGGAUACCAGCCAGUGUACAAAAAGCCUCCGAAGAAUAUGUAUAGGUGUAGAUUUAGAUGCUGCCAACAUCAAGGUUUAUGUAUAUAGAAGAACGAAAUUAUUUUUACUUUAAUAAACACACAAGCUGUUUUGUAUUAUUCUAGAUUAGAACCAUAUUAAUGUAGUUUUAACAUAGACAUCAACCCAAUUGUUGAUAAUAUUUUUCAUUAAAAAAUUUGUCUAAUAAUUUUUUGGGCUUCCAUUGACAAAUCCUAAACAAAAACACACAACGAACAAAAUAAAAAGACAUCCUAAUAAUAUUUUUGUCUUAAUUAAACUUUAAUUCAUAGUUUAUAAAUACAACAAAGUAAUACUUUAUUGUGAAUAACCUUGUAUCAAGGUUCGAAUCCUAAAUACAAUAAAAUUAACAAUAGAUUACCACAAUGUUUAAGGUUUGUGCAUCUGAUAGUUUUUGUAUUUUAAUUUUUCUUAUAAGAAUAAUUAUUUUUAAUUUUUGUUUUAAAUCAUAUUUUUCUCCAAAGUGGCAUGAGAAGUAUUCGAAUUAAUAAAAACAAAUUAAAUUAAAUAGCUAACACCUCAUUAAAGUUAGUUUCUUAGGAUACAUAUAUUAUUUUACUUUUAUUUUGUUAAAAUCACAGACUAAAAUUUCCCGUGUGCUAUAUUAAAUAUAAAACAUAUUAACAAAAAAGGAAAAACUAAAUAUUUAAACAAAAAUCUUGCCAUAAGAUUUACAAAUAUGUAAAUUUUCGAGAUGCAAAUUAACUUUGUGUAUAAAUUAAAUAAUUUUUUGGAAAAAAAUUCAAUCAACAAUUUGAAAAACAUACAAAAUACGAAACGGUAAAUUUAAGUUAGAUUUUGUUGAAUGUAAUAAUAGAUUUUAUUUUUAAGUAGUUCACUAUAAAUUUUAUAAAUAAACAAAAAACAAAAAAUAAUGUUUUUUUUUAAAUUAAGUUACGAAAUAAUAAAUUGUAUUAAAAAUGAAAAAAAA